AUGUACUGUACAAGUAUGGAAUCAAUGAAAAUCAGUACUGAUAAUGAAAAUUAUUUGGAUGAAGAAAAUUUAAAUGUUACUGAUUGUAACAGCAAGAUGCAAGAGAUAUCCAGUAAAUCCAUCAAAAAGUAUAAUAAUAAUAACUUAUGUACAAUUAGUAGUGUUAUUAAUGGAAGAGUUUGUAAUGUAAGAUCAGAACAAUUCGAAACAAAUCAAAACAGUAAAGCUAUAUUCUCAAGUAUAAUUAACACAGACAUAGAAAAUAAAAUUCUAGGAACAUCUGAAGAUAAGACAAACUUUAAAUCUAAAAAUAAAAUAAGUUCUGAUGAAAACAUUUUAAACACUUCAAAUCUUGUGGAUGUAAGUGAAAACUGUAAUGCCACUAGAUCAUUAGUAUUGGUCAACAAAAAGGAAGCUAUAAAACAGAAUCGAAAGCGUAUUGCAGCAGAGGAAAAUACUAUAAAGUUGGACAAUAAAAAAAAAAAAUUAAAUAGAACCCUUUGGCUGCAAAAUAAUGUAACACAUAUUAAAUUAUUAAAUCCUCAAGAAUUUGACUUUCCAAAUAUCAAUACAGCAGCAGAAUCAAAUAUAUCCGAAGAAAAUAUUCCUGUACAAAAAAUAGACUUACGUGAACAUUUAAAUAAAAAACGAUCAAAAUCUCCCAAACUAUUCGAAAAUAAGUUUAAUAAUAAAACUAGUACAGAGUCUGAGCAAAUAGACUUAAAUAAUAAAAAUGACAUAAUUACUCCAACAAAUACAAUGAAAGAUAAGAAAUUUUACAAAAGACUUUCUUUCGAAGAAGAACCUACUUUUAAUAAAACUUUGUGUAAAGAAAUAGAUACCCAAACAGAUUCAAUUUGCAACAAUCGUAUGCAUAGCAUGUUACAAAGUGCAUCAGAAAAAACGCAACAUUUAAAUCAAAUAGGUAGAAGUAUUCAUGAAAAUGCUAAUAUACAAGAGGAACAUAUGAAUAGCAGAAAUGAAGAUGAUGAUUGCAUUUCUCUAUUUGCAGAAUCAUUUGAUACAAAUUUCUGUGAAAAUACAGUUUUAUGUGAACAAGAUAAAUUAAGUAAAUCUCUACAUUCUGAUCUACCAUAUAUAAUGACUGCUAGCAGUUUCAAUAAAUAUAUGAAACAAAAUGCAACAGAAUUUAAUAAGGAGUAUGCUAAAUGUGUAGAAGACAAUAUAGAAACAUCGAAUAAAACUAAUAAAACUGAUAAAAAUGAAUUCAGUAAUCAACCCGCACAGAUUACACAUACAGAUUGUAUAUCUGAAACUAGAACUACAUCAAAAGUAACAGCACUUGAAACUAAAAACGUGAAAGUAUCAAAAUGCCAAGGGAUAGCAAAAAUUAAUCUUAAGAACUUCCUCAAUGGAUACUGUUUUUCGACAUUGAGGAAAGGUACCUGUUACAAGCAACAGCUGUGUAAAUUCAAGCAUGAGUUGCAGAAUCUCCUUAGUACAAUUUGUUCAGAAGACCCGACAGCGAUGCUAAAUAUAGUGCAAAAUGCAUUUUAUCUUGGCUAUAAUUUUUUUUGCAGAACAAUAUAUAUAAUAUCAAUACAAAAAUUAACUGUUGAUCAGAUCUUAACAAUUUACAAAAUAUUUCAUGAUAGUCGUGUAAAAGAAGAAAUGACACUUUCAUCAAAGAGAUAUAUUAUUCAGAAUAUUAUUAAGGAACUGUUAAACCGACAACUAUCGUUAAAAGCAAUCGUGAAUCAUUUGGUAGAAUAUAUACCCAUUAAAGAUUCAAAUAAUCUUAUGAACAUAUUAGAAUGUAUUGAAAAAUAUAUUAAACGUGGUGAAUAUUGGAAUACUGUAAGAACUUUAGUCUUGAGAUUGCCACCGGAUAAACGUAUUAUCGAAAAAAUAUUAUAUGAUUGCAUAGAGAAUGAAAAAUUAUUUGAUGUUCGAGAUAUUAACAGGAAUUUAAUAAGUAAAGUUCCUCCUAAGUUAAUAUCAAUGUUGGAUAAAAACAUAUUAGAACGCUUUAAAAGUAUAUUGACUGAGAAAAUUGACUGCAGUAUAUUGACUGCAAAUAAUUCUCAUUCUACGGUUCAGAAUUUCGGAGAAAGCUUAUCAGAAACUAUUGCUUCUCCCGAUGGAAGUAUGAGCUUAUCACAAGAAUCUCUAAGACGUGAUAAUACUGUUAUAAAUAAAAGUAAGGACCAUGUAAAUAUCGAAAUAAAUGGACAAAAUUAUCUCAUGCAACCUAUCGAUGAUUUACCCGAUGCACGAUCCGUUUAUAGAGAUCAUGAACAUCUCUGGAAAUUUUAUGUGGAUUUAGAUCGAUUUAAAAAGGGACUUUUACACCAUGAUUAUGAUUACGUUAUUAAUAUUUUAAAAAAUUACACAGAAAAGCAAGAUGAAAGUCCGUUAUUUGUUCGCUCUUGUUGUAAUAUACUUCGUACAGAGGUAAAACGUUCAGAAUAUCACUUAAGAAACAUCAUACGUCGCACAGUCCAAAUGGGUACCUUCGAUAUUCUAGGUAAAAUCUUAUUUGACAUAGGAUUAAACAUUUUGAUCAAUUCAAUGGACAACGAAGCCUGGGGGCUUGCAUUAGGUUUGAUCCAAACACUUAAUAUACACGAUUUACAAUGUAAUGCCGAAUAUUUCUUGCUAUCGGCCGAGAUUUACUUGGCUAACAAAAAGGCAGUAAAAGCAUACGAUUUACUUAAAUACAAAAAUAUUUUACGUACUAGUCGUGAUAAGUGGUUUGUUAAAAGUACCGUUAAUGAUGAGCAUGUACGGACUAAAAUAAUGUACAUAUUAUUGGAUUCAUUUUGUAAUGAAUUUGUUGAGUAUGCUUUCUUUCUUUUUCAAUUUUUACUUAAAGAUCAAAGCAGUCAGUAUUAUCCAAUAGAUUUAUCUCGUUACGUGGACAAGUUAAUGAUGUUAUCUUUGUCAAAAAAAGAUUCGAAUUUAAUCACAGAAAUGGCCAACUUAGUACUAAAAUAUACUUUUGCAUUAAGUACCACAACGUGUCGCGCACUAGUUUCAACAUUAAUUCAUAUGAACGAAAAUCUAGCGAGACAAAUGUAUAAUUAUGCAGAAGGAAUAGGUAUCUAUCCAGCAGUGAAGUUGUGGCCAGUAACACACGUCAUUAUAAAUACUGAUUUAACAGAAGAAGAAAUAUAUCUUACAUUUUUGCAACUGUUAAAACAUCUUAUAAUAAAUGUUGGACAUGCGAUUGAAUUUGCUAAACCUUAUCAAAUCAAAGUAUAUCUUAUCCUGGAGAUAAAAUCGAUUAAUGAACAGUUUUAUAGCGUGGAUUUGCAGAACUAUAAUAAUAAUAAAGCUAUUACGAACAUAAAGGCAUUAGUCAGAAAUGUUUUAAAACGAUUUGAUCCACCUAUAUUAAUGCCAGGUAGUAAAGGUAGAAUAUAUAAAUUGCAAAGCAAAAGCGUUAUAAAUUAUUUGAAGACCGAACAUUGUAAUUAA